CUACCUACCUAGUUAACUCUCUAUAUACAUAAACGGCGCGCUUAAAAUUCAAUAACGACUCGAGCGCAGAAAUAGACGGCGAAUAUAAAUCGAAGCUGUCGAACUAUCCAAGAUGCCUCCCGUGUCAAGUCAGAAAGGCACGGGGAAGAAAGGGGGGGCCGGGGCAAUACGGCAGCAACCUCGAAGCCGCAAUACGACACCCAGUGCCGUGCCGCCUUCAACGGCGAACCUACCUGCUCUCGAAGUAUCCGAGCUAGAAACUCUAUCGUUGCGUUUCGAUCUCUUCCGGAAUAUCACGUUUGAAGAUCUGGUCGACCAGGGCGCGUCGACCGCGUUAAUUCCAGAUUCCAGAGCAUUGGACGGCAUCGUUUCCAGACUGAAGAGGUUAGGAGAACUCAUCGACAAGCGAGAAGAAUUCUGUGACAAGGGCAUGAGACUCCUGGCGGCGAAUAGAAAAACGAGGAUGGACGAGAUGGCAGCGGAAAGGGGACAAGAAGACGAGCGGAGGCAGCGGGAAGCCGAGGAUGAGGAGCGGGAGAGGAAGGCUACUAAGAAGAAGAGAAAGGUGACGGAAAGUCUGGCGCCACAGGCUAGCAACAUAGAGCGCUCCUCCCCUCUUCGAGAAUCGUCGACUGGGAAACCUAGAAAGCGAUCACGCGGGAGCGAAUCCGCCAGCUCGUCGCUAUCUCCGGUCGCGCCCCGAACCCCGAGCAACAUGGACGUGGAUGACAAGACAAAAGCCGAUAGGGACGACGAUGACGACGACGAGUCUAGCUCCGAAGACGAUGGCCGACCGCCGCCGCCAGCGAGGCCUCAAGCCAACACCUUUGGCGAGGAUCCUUCCACAUUCCCUGACCCGACCGUCUACGAGAUCCUGCCCGUUCAGCCGGGCAUGACGGAGGACGAGAUCAAAGAGAUAUACUCUGUCGCGACAUUUCCGAAGAGUGACCUAUCCGAUCUUAUUGCUGGUGAUCCGCCCGACAAGGACUUUAGUAGUGCCAAGCCAAGCAACCAGAUCAAUUUCAGCACGUUUUCAACCUACAUCGAACCAUAUUCCCGACCGUUCACAGAAGAAGACCUCGCAUUCCUGCGUGAGCGCGGCGACCGUGUUACCCCGUUCGUUAUCCCGAAGCGCGGAAAGAAACACUACACCGAGAUAUGGGCUGAAGCGGACGGCGCAAUGGCCAUUGACUCGUCGCCUCAGGGGCGGGAUAAACUCCCGCCCAACCAGGCGCGGGGAACAAUCGAGAGCAUAGACGAUGCCGUUGCUGAGACGGACAGGCUCUCUGUCGGCCCGCUGCUCUCACGGCUGCUACAAGCAAUGCGCCCGGAACACCGCCCGCCACCAGCUGAACCAGCCGUCAAUGGUAAUAACGGCGAUGUCGACACAGCAAUGGGCGGAGUCACCAAUCCAGACCUCGGCCUGGGAGACGGCACGGCGCCGAACCAAUCCCAAUUAACACCCAACGGCACGAUCAUCAACGGCGCCACCACGAACGGAAUCGGCGUCGCCGACCAGUCGCUCCCACCAGCAACCUACAUGCCCGAGUCCAACGGCGAAGCCUGGAAGAAGGCCUCGCACCCCAAACUCGAGUACGCUCAAGUCGACGAGCGCAUCAAGCAGGAGCUCCGGCACAUCGGCUUCCUUCCCACGCCGCCCGACGAGGGCGGCUCCUCGACCGGCGCGGGCGCCUCCUCCUCCCUGGGCGGCGGCAACUCAAGCGGCGGCGGAGGAGGAGGAGCGGGGGGCUCCUCGUCGGGCGGCGGGGGCGCGGACCCGUCCGCGGCGGCCAACUACGACGGCCACUACGACGACGAGGUGGCGGCGCGGCUGCGACUGCUUCAGUCGCGGCUACGCGAGCAGAUGCUCGUCAACGGGGCGCGCAAGGCCCGGCUGACGGAGCUAGUCAAGGAGCGCAUGGCCUACCAGGAGUACCAGACCAUCCUCGAGGACCUGGACAGCCAGGUCCAGGCAGCCUACCUCAAGCGCACGCGCACCAUGGGCAAGAAGCCGAAGAAGGCGCGGCCCGGCGCCUCAUCGGCCGCGGCUGUCGCCGCCGCCGCCGCCGCGUCCUCGUCGGGGCUCGGCACGGCGCGCCCAGGCAUCGGCGACAUGACCCGGACGCUGAUGGAGCGGCGCAGGAGGUGGAUCGAGAGCAUCGGCACCGUGUUCGACGGCGAGAACCUCGUCAAGGUGCCGCGCGCGUCGGACCCGGGGAGCACCAUCUUCAAGGCCGACGAGAUGGCGGCGCUGGUCGCGAGGGAGAAGGAGGCCUGGGACGAGGAGGUGGACGAGGAGUGAGACGCCGGUGGGUUAUUUUCCUCCUCGGCCGUCUGGGACGAGAGUGCUUUGGACGUAGUUUUCGUCGAGGCAGAAGAAGAAAAAGAAAGAGACCUCGGGGGCUGGUUGCUCGGUUUGUUGUGUAUUUCUUUUGGGUUUUCGGGUCUUACAUUCUUCUCUUUGGCGACGGCGUUCAUACGACACGAGGGGGAACUCCAGGGGCGGCUGGUUGCCCUGGAUUAGGCUUUACCUGGAUGGUAACAGGGCUGGCGAUGCGGCGUUGCUUGGCACCUACUUGCCUUGAGUAGGUUUGAUGUUAUAAGGGGCAUUGAUCGUAUGACUUGACCAUGAUGAUAACUAUUACAAACAAAAUAGCAAUUGCAAAAGCAUUUGAGCAUCCAACGCGGU